AUGUCUGGUGCAGGGCGUCACGACGAAAAAUCAGUUUCCAAUACCGGGGACGAAGAUACCUCUGCUUCAACUUCUACCACAACCACGCCACCGCCAAUCACCAUCACCCAAUACAACUACAUUCCUCCCUUGAACUUGAACACGGUCACAAAACCGUUCAAAAACCCACACUACAAAGCACCCAAAAAAGCGAAAAAUCUUAAACAGAUUUUGGCUGCUGAACGGUUAUUGAAUAUACCAAUGGAUAUCCCAACUUAUUCGAAUAUCGAAGCACCCCCUUCGCUGCAUCCGCAAAAGAAGUAUUGUGACAUUACAGGAUUGGAGGCGAAAUAUACUGAUCCGAAAACCAGGCUCCGGUAUCAUUCUUCGGAAGUCUAUAAAGAAAUAAAACAAAUGAGCCCGGGCGUCGUGCAAGAUUAUCUUGGUGUGAGAAAUGCAGCGGUGGUGUUGCGAUAA